CGGCCGCAUGAGAAUUAAGCGGAAAAGAUCUACUCUGGCUCUCCUGGGCUGGUGUCUGACAUCCCUGGAUUAAGAGGAACUACGUCUGGCACAAGUGUCUACGUGAUCAGCCUGUGAGUCUUAGGCUGGAAACAAAGGUUUGUUGAGGACAGAGUCCACUGGGCUCUGUGUGGAUCUGGGCCCAGGGCCUGUGUCGUAGGAGCGCCACACAUAAAUCAGUCUGAACUGAGCAAAAUGUUUGGGUUGGGCCUUGGUGCCUCAAGAGACCAGCAAUAAAUAAAUAGUUUUAAAAGUAUUUUAAAAGUCACAAGCAAGACAUUACUGUCAGUAUGUGGCUGGAAAACCAAUGUUAGUUGAUACUUUCAGGGUUCCUCCUUAAACUCUGGGCUGCGAACAAGAUGCUGGCUUUUGCACUUAAAUCAUACCUACAGUGUGCAUGCUGGCCUGGAUUCUGUGCUAGAAGCAUUAAUGUUUACACUAAUCUGACGACGGUGGAAGAGCUGAUAUCCAGUAAAAAAACAAAACAAAACAGUGUUUAUUUAACUCCUGUUGAGUUUAUAGGAGCCUUCUCUGGCAAGAGAGUUGGUAAGUAAGUACAUUUGGAACAAAGUAGCCAGAUGCAAUUGUGAGCUGCACCCAGUGGAAUUAAUGGAAUUAGAUUAAUGGAGGAUUUGGAGGACCAAAAGGGAAGGAUUACUGAUGACAUGUUGAAAUGAUAAAUAACCAAUGACUAGAUAAAUUCUAUGCAGCAACUUGUACUGAUAUUUCUCAGGCAUUUAUUUAGCUGCCCCUUGAUACAGGAAUGCCUUAGAAAUGCUUCCAUAUACACCACUGUCCCAGUCUUACACCAUCCAAGAAAAUGUCAACAAAGCUGUGACAAAUCAGCGCAGGUGGUGUAAAGGGUGCUACAGUGAAUUCUGCUGCAUGUGCUCGUUUGACUUUGGCAGUUCCUGAUAUUUUCCUGGUCCAAGUGAUCUCACCCAGUUCCCUGUGUGUUGAGGGUGUGGCUUAUUUCUUCCUAGUCUGAAAGAUUUCAGAGUCAAACCUAACGGAGAAGUGUGGCAACCAAACCUAUGUUUUUCUAGCUAUGUCACAAGACAAUAAUGCUAUUAAAAAAAUCAUUUUGCUGUCAUCUACUCUCCCAAAGUCUUAGGCCACCAUAGAAAAUUUCAACCAAGCUGUUAAUCAGGGCAGGUAGUUUUUUGCUCAAAAAAUCAUGUGAGUAUUUAUUUCUGUUUUUACAUGCAAAUUAACAUGUACUGAUAACUUAUUUUGGUACUGUGCACUUGCAGAUGCUGUCUGUCAUUUUACGUGAUACAUUUGAGAUUUCAUAUUUGGUAAUGGUAAAGCAGAAAUCAUCUGCCAUCUUUGGGAGAGUUUGGGUUUAUGAAGGGCAGAAGAGGAGGGGUACCAUAGCUGCAAGGAGCAAUAUAUCCCUCCCCAGUCUGUCUCUCUGUUUAUUAUAGUUUCAAUCAAGGACACACUAUUUCUCCAUUUGUGAAAAGAUAUUACAUUCACAAUCUUUCUCUCUUUUGCUGGACUUCAGAAAAUCACCAGCACUAACCAGCUACCCACAGGGGCCCCACUGGGAUCCGGUCUCAAAGAAAACAGUUCAUGACAGAUUUCCUGCUGCAAUAUAUACAGUCACUAAACAUAUACUAGUACUAGUAUUUCCUUCACGCAGAUCCAUUUAUUCCUAUCUGGCAUUUAAAAGGGGGCAUUGUAUGAAGCUCGAUAAGCCACAAAUGUAUGGUUAUACAAUCCCAAUGGUUUGGGCAUAGGGUUGCCCAGGAGUUUGGGCUAUGAUCAUUAUCAUGAUUAGACUGCAGUCAGUUUAUGUUACCCAUCCUUAAGCCUAAAAUGAAUGUCCAGUCAACAGCAGACUCGGUGCUGAGUGCAUUGCCCCCUUUAGUCAUGUCCCAUUUCACGAUGAUCUGUCCACACUGGAGGAGUUGUAGUUAAUGCUGAUAUCAGAUUAAGCUUGAUUUAUAUGUAUUAACCAAGCAUUUGCUACAAUAACCCUGAGCCUCUAUCAACUACUGAGUAGCAGCUAUCACCAACAAAAGAAUACACUUGGUUAUUUACAAACGAGCUUGUUUUUUAAUUUGCCUUGUUUUUCUUUGUUCUUUUUCACCCUUUCUUUUCUUCUCUAUUGCUCAGAUUCUCGCUCACUAUUCCAACUGCUCUACCUCUCUCUAUCUCUACAUCUCUCUCUCCAGGUACAGCCAUGUCUGGAUUCUUUCUGCCUGUGUUGUUGCUUUUCCCUUUGGUGGCCUCUGUCCCCUCCCCCUCUAGGGUGCCGCCCAGGUACUGCCGCAGGUGCUGUGAUCACUUAGACCCACCCCUAAGCCCCUCCUCUCGGCCCGUGACCUAUCAGACACCAGAGGUUCGCACAUUUAUUAACAUGACCAUUCUCAAAGGAGAUAAAGGAGAUCGUGGGGAGAGGGGCACUCCUGGCAAGGCAGGAGCAGAAGGCCCUCCAGGCUCCAGGGGCACCAUGGGCCCUAAAGGCAGCAAAGGCCAGGCAGGAGUGCCCGGAGACCCCUGCAAGAAGCACCAGUCGGCCUUCUCCGUGGGCAGACGCAAGGCCCUCCACAGCGUGGACUACUACCAGGCGCUACUCUUUGACACCGUCUUCGUCAACAUGGACGAGCACUUCAACAUGUUCAAGGGCAAGUUCCACUGUUAUGUGCCGGGCAUCUACUUCUUCAACGUCAACAUCCACACGUGGAACUUCAAGGAGACGUACCUGCACGUGAUGCACAACGAGCGAGAGCAGGUGAUCCUGUACGCGCAGCCCAGUGACCGCUCCAUCAUGCAGAGCCAGAGCGUCAUGCUCCGGCUAGAGCUGGCCGAUGAGGUCUGGGUGCGCCUCUACAAGCGCGAGCGGGAGAACGCCGUCUACAGCGACGACGUUGAUGUCUACAUCACCUUCAGCGGCUACCUGGUGGCUCCCGUGGAAUAGCGGCCGCGGGAAGAACUCGCCGACCGUGGUUUCUUUCAGGGUCUCUCAGGGAAGACGUGGGUGGAUGGUGCUCUCUGGAGAGGACGACAACAACGUAACGCUAAAUCUUUCAUUAGGAACAUUUCGCUGCCAAUGACAUGAUAGCCAUACUGGUGCUAAACAAGGUUGCCUUUCUUUUUUGGGUUUAUUGCUGUGCCUUUUUAGCUUCCUAAAUGUUUUUAUCCCAAUAACAUUCACAUUAGGUACAUUACUUUUGAAGACCCUAUAAUGAUUUUAUGAGUGUAAACAAUAUAGAAUUGGUUAGGACUGUCCAUUGAUACUAGUAGAUCAGGUGGGCUUCUUCAUUGCACACUUCCUCAGUUGCCUGGGGGCAGUUUCGCUAGAACAUAAAUCAGUCUUACAUCAGCAUUUGUCCUGGACCACCAAGCUGGCUGGGUGUCUAGAAACAGUCUGAGUGUGCAUGUGUGUGUGUGUGCCAGUGAUCACAGCUGGGUCUGCACCCUGACUGUCACUACCGCUCAUUACACAGUAACAGGGAUUAAGGCUCACAUAGCAGUCAAUGAGACAGCACUUGGGUAAUGACUACAGACUAACCUGGCCCUUCUGGCUGUCUGUUGACAUCCUUGAGAAGUCCAGUUUGGAAAAAAGGGGAAAAAAACCCCAAAUUGUUUAUAUACACCCAGUAUGAGUUUUUUGAUUGGAACAUGGAAAAAAUGAAAAAGUCAGACUUUGGCAAAGAACCAACACAGUGAAAUGUGUGUGAAAAGCACCAAGGCUCUGGUGUGUAUAUAGCCAACCAGUGAUACUGAUUGGAGUUGAAGACAGAAAUGAGGCGUGAGGGCUAAGACAGGCCAAGCAUCAGUCUGUGGUAGGAAACCCAGCUGGACUAGAGCUGCUGUUUUUACAGAGAGAGAGAGGGAGAGAGAGAGAGAGAGAGAGAGAGAGAGAGAGAGAGAGAGAGAUAGAGAGAGAGAGAGAGAGAGAGAGAGAAUUUUUUGUUAGAUUGAUUCUUCUUAGGUAAGAAAUAAAUCAUGUGUGAUCCUCUUCCUUAAAAGCACUUGAGUGGACACCUAACAGCAUAGUAUGCUAUUUUUGGUGCCAGUAAGGGUCACUAAUACAGCCAAGAAUAGUAGAUGAAUGUCAAAAACCUUCCUGGGAUAAAUGUAUAUUUGCUAUUAAAGAUAUUUUUUGCCAUCUCUAAUGCCAUCUCUAAUAGAGGAGGCUGCUCAUAGCUUGAGUUAAUUCAAUACUAAUGUUAUGGCAGCAUGAACACUUAACAGAGGGUUGUAAGAAUGUUACCGUGAGACAGGACCACUUAUGCAGGACUGAGAACUCCCUCUGUUUGGAUCUUGUUAAAAUCAACCCUCUAGCUGCAGUGUACAGUAGCUGUGGACUUACUGGCCCUUGUGGAAGAUUCUGAUGAUGGCGUCUUUAUGGCGUCUCUGGCUAGAGAUAGUUACAUCUGUGCGUUUAACCCUGGUUUCUGUGUGGCCUUGAUAUCUGGAUUGUAGUACCACCCUGAGGUCAAAUGUAAUGUUUGCUUAUUUGGCAUCUUAUCCUGCAGAUGUCAUACAGGAACACAGGCUGUUCUGUCUCCACAGGCUGUUCUGUCUCCACAGGCUUAGCUUAGCUAAGUCUGUUUUAGCUUGUGAUCUAUGGUGCAAACACCAUUCCAUUAAACAGCACAGUGCUACUUCCAGUCAUGUAGCCAAAUCUGGCAUCAAGCUUUGUAAGGUGAUUCGACAGCCAAAGCUUGACUCAGAACAAAGCAACUAUUGGCUGAACUAAGCACGUCGCCAUGCCAACUUUAAUCAUACCCAGUUUCAAAUACAAGUGAAUACUUUGCAGAUGGACACACACUGGGCUCUAAUACAUUCACUCAAGGGUUUUUUAUUCAUUUCUUUGUCCCUGCCAUUGAAAUCUGCCACUGUCGAGCACAAUCCUCUUCCAUUCUGCUUACACUGCGUCCAAACCAGAUGCCACUGUGGACCUCAUGAGGGUCGGAAUCAAAGCUGCCAUCAAACAUCAGCGCUAAAAGGAACUUCAAGGCUGAGUUAAUAUUUUCUUCCCUGUGAUCAGGCCUCUCUUUAUAAAAAAGCUUUUAUUUUGUAGUGCAUUACUUUGGUAUGACCUACUGCCACCAAGUGACAGCGUCUGGAUCUGAUUACCAGCCUGGCAAACUAGACUUUCCUCAUCAUUUUCCAGGGAAUACACAUGUCAGCUAUUAAAAUUAUAUCAUCAUGUUUGCAAUUACCCAAGUCCAGUGUUAUUAAAACAGGGACUUAAACACUAGCCUAUUUUUACAGGGUUGUCUAAUAUUUGGUUCUAAAAUUGGUGCUGCAUUAUAAAUAACAGGUGCUAAAUUGCAGGUUUACUGUUAAAAGUGCACUUUUGUUUAUGUGAAUAAACAUAUUGCUUGUAUUAUGUAAAUAAUGUAUGUUUUUUAUGUUCAAAAUAUUAUAUUAAAUUCAGCAGCAAAGUAAA